AUGUACUAUCUUGUUAUUCGUAUAUUUUCUACAUUUCCCAUUUCUCAGUCUUGUAAAAAUAUGCUAUAUUUAUAUACAGAACUUCCGAUGUUAAAAAAAGAAAAAAAAAAAAAAAAAAAUGACCUAAAUAUUUUACUCGAUUAUAUUCAAACCUUCUUUAUAUCGUAUAUUUAUCUCUUUAAGGGAGGAAAAAAAAUCUUUUUAACCCUCAAUAUUAUAUCUUCGUUAUUCUUCAGUUAUUUUCACUGUUGCACACAAGAUCUAGAGCUUGAUUUAUCUCACAAGUCUGGCCUGCAUUGGUUCAAAUGA